CUGCACUUUCUUUUCUCUCUGUACAAAUGAAGCUUGUACGUUUAAGCGCAAUCCUCCGCAACACCACCUCUCAUUUCGCUUUCGGGAAUGCACCGGCUGUUCGCUCGUUCUUUACAAAAUCAGCAGAACGAAGCACGAGUUCUUCUAGAUUGAGAGGCAGCAUGAACGCUCUCUACUGUCGGAUCUCCCCGAUCGGAAAUCCAAGGGUCUCGAUCGUUCCAUUGUUGGACCUGUGGGUCCAAGAAGGACGUCCCGUUGUCAAAGAGCAACUCCAAUCCUUCAUCAAAGAGUUGCGAACCUACCGACGAUUCAGUCACGCUCUUGAGAUGUCUAUGUGGAUGACUGACAAAAUACACUUGCCGCUUACACCUGCUGAUGUUGGCAUUCGGCUGGAUUUGAUCUCUAAGAUUCAUGGCACAAAAGAAGCAGAAAAUUAUUUCAUCAAUGUUCUGGAACAAUUAAAGGACCUUCCAGUUUAUAGUGCUCUUCUGAACUGCUAUGUCAGUGUAAAAUCUGUGGAAAAAGCAGAGGCCACCAUGCAGAAAAUGAGGGAUUUGGGGUUCGCUCGGACAUCGUUGGCUUACAAUGUUCUGCUUAAUCUUUAUUAUCAGACUGCAAAUUACGAGAAACUUAAUAGUCUGAUGCAUGAAAUGCAAGAAAAAGGCAUUGCAUGUGAUAAAAUUACAAUGGGUAUACGCCUGAAUGCCUUUGGAGCUACAUCUGAUGUUGAGGCAAUUGAUAAGACUCUGGCCAUGAUGGAAUCAGAUCCCAAUUUUGUUUGGGACUGGACAGUUUACAAUAAUGCAGCAAGUUCGUAUGCAAAAGCUGGACUCUUGGAUAAUGCUUUGGAAAUGCUGAAGAAAUCUGAGGAGCUAAUUUUGGAGACAAAGUGCUUUAGAGCAUAUGAGUUUCUUAUCACACAAUAUGCAAAAUUUGGGAAGAAAGAUGAUGUUAUAAGACUUUGGGAACUUUACAAGAAGAAUCAAAAGGUUUACAAUAAAGGCUAUGCAUGUGUCAUAUCUUCAUUGUUGAGAUUUGAUGACCUUGAAAGCGCCAAGAAGAUAUUUGAUGAGUGGGAAUCAGAAAACGAUUACUAUGACAUUCGGAUUGUAAACUUCCUGAUUGGUGCUUAUAGCAGCAAAGGGCUUUUGCAGGACGCGAAAAAUCUCAUAGAUGGGGCAAAAUUGAAGGGGGGGAAACCUAAUCAGACAACAUGGCUCUAUAUUGCAGUUGGGUAUUUUCAGAAUAAUGAAACUCAAAAAGCAGUGGUAGCGAUGGAAGAAGCAUUAGUGAUUUGUAAACUUGGGUGGAAGCCCAGGAAGGUAAAUUUUUCUGCCUGUCUAAAAUACUAUAUAGGUGAAGGAGAUAUAGAGGGAGCAGAGAAAUUCAUAAAAUUACUUAGGAACAAGGAUAUCAUCUCUGUGGAGCUCCAAGAUAGAUUGUUGAAUUAUGUCCAGAACAGGAAAUCAAAUGUUGAUGAACUCAAUGAGUUUUUUCGGUGAUUCUUUGAAUGAAAAAGGAGAAUCACAUUUACAACCCAAGUAUGAUAUCAGUGAAUCAAAAAAAGAAGAGACAUGUUGAAUAAGCUGGACUCGAGUCAUGGUUCAACCGGUCCAACAGGUUAGACCCUCAGUUGGAUUGGUGACAUCAUCACAUAGCAUGAUGACAUCAACACAUUUAAA